CGACUCGUUUUGAAAAUAUGUUAGAUUCAAAGGGGCCUGGCUAGGUCAUAUGAUAUACAAAACUAGCGCUGGGAAAGUAACAAUUCUCUACUCCUGCUUGGUGGAGGACAUUCGCGUAUAUUUUUUAAAAGAAAAUGAGAUGUCUGAAUGGAGUAACCUGCAGCACGUACCUCGGGCUGUUUUUAUCUGUUGCUGUUUCUUCCUUCUACUGUCAAUCCCCGCUGCAGCAAACUACCAAGGUGAGCCCCAGGAAACAAUGAAAGAUGGACAUCAUCGACAGGAGACCGACACAUGGAGAAGAAGGUUGGACGAUGUGGUCGGUGAUAGUCGGAUGAUACAUACACAGCGCCUCUACGCUGCCUAUCGGGAUCGGCUGAGGCGCAAUCAAGAGAUCAAGGAAAGGGACAGCGAGGAUUCACUACAGUCAGCCCAGUACGUUGGCCGGCUGGACACUACCAAGUCAAAGGAAGAAGAGGAAGAACCCGUCGAUGCGAAGAAGCCCGUUGGGAUGCUAAUACUGAAGAUGGACAACGCGCCCAGUCAAUUGGAGGCAUCCGUUAAUACAACAUCAAAGGCGGCUCAUAAAGAGGAAUCAGAAGACCAACCAAAUCGGAUAUACAUCGAAGAGGCCGCGCAGCAGCCAGUGACGGUCCCAGCCUCAAACCGAAACCCAGAGUCCUCUUCCAAAUCCUUGAAGGAGUCCUUAACCAAGUCCGGUAUGCAUGGGCUCAGUGCCUUGACAGAGUUAUUGAAUGUUAUCGACCGCCUCAAGGAGAGUGAUAUCGUAAGCGAUCUCGCAAAAAAGAUCAGCGAUGAAAUGGAGCACCGCCUGUGGAGUAACAGCUCCCUGUUCGCCGACUCACUGCAUGGCCCGUUUGGUCUGGCCUCAGAUGAACGUCUCAAUGAGCUGCUCGAUGAAGUGGAUCCCCAGAGGACCGCUACUAGGUUCAAGCACAUCCUGAAAAACUUAAAGAAGCGACGACUGACUGACCAUCCGGGGGGCCUCUAUGACGACUACCAAAAAAUAUUCUCCCAAGCGCUCGGCGAUCAGAAGUAUCCUCGUCAGUACCCCGCGCGCAGUAAAGUGGAAGUCCCCAUGGAAGAUGACUAUAUGCGUAGAACGAUUGGGUUCAACCCAUGUCGAUGUGACAACUCAAGGCCGGCAAUGCUGGCAGCCGAUCAGGGGCAAGUGCAGGCCAAGAAACAGUUCAAGCAGAAGGUCGCGGAUAAAUUACCGUCUCGGGAAAACAACUACAUGAAAUCCUUGGAGACAUUCCUCAAGAUGAACAAGGAGAAUCAGUUUAACGGCGGCCUCAAGCCGUACUACUUGCCGAAAUCGAAGAACCGACAGCUCAUCUGGAACGAGGUGCCACUGAUCAGGCCGGGACUGAGCCCAGAAGCCCACAAACUGAAAGCGGAAAGCGCAAAGAAAACGCAUCUUCGCAAUGAAAUACAAAAACUCAAAGCACAAGACAGCCGUGACUUUAAGGCCAGACCUAAAACGCAUCCUGCCCCAGCGAAAGACCUGGCUCCUGGUCUGCAUCGCCAUGAUAUUAUAGAUGGCUUGAGCGCCAUUAAACAGUCGCCGUUCAACAACCUCUUCGAUGAGUACCAAAGGCAAAUGGAGAGGCUGAGGCAGAGCUUUCAGUACGAGCAGCCCGACCAUCCAGCAUUCAAGCGGUUCGCGGUCAACAAUCUAUACCCGGUCCAACCAUUAACCCCAGUGCCCUUCCCCGAGGCACUCAUCCAUCGAGGUGGCAUGGGCUCCGCCCCGCAGAUGGGGGGGAAUAUGAUUAACAAUAUGGCCAGUCAAAUGAAUAUAUCUCCGCUGGAGAUGGCCCAACGCAUUGUGGGUUCGAAUGGGAGUCCAGCUUCAGGUCAAGGUCAAGGUUCCAAUUCCAUGGGUUCAGAUGGUCGCAUGGGAUUUCCUUCAGGAUAUGAUUCAUUUCAGGGACAGUCGGGAAACCAGAUCAGCAAUGGCCAUGUACCAUACCACAAAUCGUCGAAGCUUGCGACACAGGAGACGCCACCACAGGACCCGCCCGCACAGGAGCCGCCGACCCAGAAGCCAUCGAAAAAUGUCUCGUCGACACAGGAUCCAGCCAACAUAGCCCCAGUGCUGGAGAAGAUUCUGCAGCGUUUGGAGACCAUGCAGAAGGGCAAAUGUGGCAAUGAGACCGUUGCUGAAGAGGACUUUAAAGACCUGCCCUGUUGCUUUACCGAUCCGGCGGAUGGUACACCCUGCGACAUAAGUGGUUCUUGGGAGUCCCUGGUGCUGGGCGUGCGGAUCAAUAUCCGUACUCCAAAAAACAAAAAGUUGUUCGCUACCACGGAAGAGAAGAAGCAAACUUGUAUUAAUCCCAAGCAUGGGAAAUCUCGGCGACAGUGCGUGAAGAUUAACCAAUCCCAGCUGAAGGAGAAGGCUGAUACGAAGAAAGAAGAACUCUUACAUUCCGGCUUGAUGAUCAAUGUCAGCGUUCAGGAAACAGUGCCGCCACGAGCCCAUGUUCUCCUCGAGAACAUCACGGACUGGGAUUUCUCGGGGCAUGCCCUAAGGACAAUGGGGGGACCCGUGUCGCUGUCAUUCCGCAAGCAAAAAUCCAAUCUGGUGGGCAACUUUGUUGGCUACUGUCGCACCUGCGGUUGCGUGGAUACCAUAUUCGGAUCGUGGACCUUCUGCCAGCCAUCCAGAGAUUGCCAGGACAUCACCAUGUCCAUUGUGGACAGGCGGGAUCUAUUGAGGCGCUACAGCUUGGACGAGAAGCGAAUGAAUCGCUACAAAGAACAGCUCUAUCUGGGCAGCAAGUUUGCCCAAAAGGAAAGAGAGCGCAUGGAAGCCGAAAUAGGGAAUUAUGAAAAGCCCACCCCACCGCCUCAACUGCAGCAGGGUGAUCUCCCCUGUGGCUAUCUGUAGUUCAAAGUUUGAAGUUCUUCAAUCACUGUUCUUUUCACUGUUGCAUUUAUUCAUUUUAUAUAUUUAUUAUACUCUUGUGCCGUUGCCCAUCAGAA